AUGGAAGAACAAGACGCGGAUUUCAGACAUAUUUUAUUGUAUUAUUUCCGAAAAGGCAAGAACGCAUCGCAGGCAUACAACAAGUUAUGUGCAGUGUAUGGGAAUGAAGCCUUGAAAGAAAAGCAGUGUCAAAAUUGGUUUGCCAAAUUUCGUUCUGGUGAUAUUUCACUGAAAAAUGCUCAACGAUUUGGCCGCCCAGUUGAAGUUGACGAGACCCAUAUCAAGCUCGGCUAUGUCAAGAAACUGGGUUUAUGGCUCCCUCAUCAGCUUAAGGAAAUUCAUUUGACGCAACGCAUUAGCAUCUGCGGUUCGCUUCUAAAACGCAACGAAAUUGAUCCAUUUCUGAAACGACUGAUUGCUGGCGACCAAAAGUGGAUAGUUUAUAACAACGUUAAUCGGAAAAGAUCGUGGGUGAUGCAAGAUGAACCAGCCCAGACGACACCAAAAGCUGAGAUUCACCAAAAAACGAUUAUACUAAACCAAACGAUUAAUCCAAACGUGUACGUUCAACGACUCGCCAAACUGAGCGAUGCAGGUCAAGAAAAGCGGCCAAAAUUGGCAAAUCGUAAGGGUGUUGUUUUCCAUCACGAUAAUACAAAGCCCCACAGAUCUUUGGUCACUGACCACAAAUUAUUGGAACGAGGUUGGUUUGUGUUGUCACAACCACCAUAUAGCCCUGACCUUGCGUCUUCAGAUUACCAUUUAAGGAGUUCCAUGCAGAACUCCUUAAAUGGUAAAAUUUUUAAUGACGCUGAUGAUGUGACAUCACAUUUAAUUCAGUUUUUUGCUGGCAAAAAUCAGAAGUUUCAUGAACAUGGAAUUAUGACACUGCCUGAAGAUGGCAAAAGGUCAUCGACAAAAACGGACAAUACCUAA